CUCAUCUCUCUGCCAAGUCACAAACACACACUCCACAACUCCAACUGCCAACUCUCUCUCUCUCUCUCAGAAAAAUAAGACACCGAUACCAUCACCGUUGCCAAAGAAAAACCUUCUCCGACUGUGCCAUUUGACAAAGUAGAACCACAACACUGCUGUCACAUUUCUGAAAUUCCUACUGUACAACUAAUUAUUAUUUCAAGUAUAAAGAAUGUUCCAGACAACCCUCUCCACUCUUUUGAGGAAACGUCGGCAACCUGAAUUGACCUGUGCUCAGCCUCAAAAGGAAAUGAAGUUUAGAGAGGUGACUGUGUACCUGGUGGAGAGAAGAAUGGGUAAAAGCCGGAGAAACUUCCUGACAAGUUUGGCCAGGUCAAAGGGCUUCGCUGUGGACAACACUUUAAGUAGUAAAGUGACUCAUAUUGUAGCAGAGGACAAUCCAGCACAUGAGCUCUGGCCAUGGCUACAGGAACAGGGCAUUGCAGAUCUGGGCAGAAUGAAUGUGCUUGACAUCGCCUGGUUUACACAGAGCAUGAAAGCUGGUAGACCCAUUCCGGUGGAGGCACAACAUCGCAUACAAAAGCCAUCUGUACAGCCGAAGCCAGAAGCAGGCCCACCACACAGUCCUUGGCUUACUGUCUCUCAGUAUGCAUGCCAAAGACGGACCACACUGUACAAUCAUAACAAGAUCCUCACUGAUGCUCUGGAAGUACUGGCAGAGAACUAUGAGUUCAUUGAGAGUAUAGGUCCUUGUCUGGGCUUCCGGAGAGCUGCGUCUGUGCUGAAGAGUCUUCCUGCACCACUACGCAACAUUAAUGACAUUGAGGGACUUCCCUGCCUGGGACCAGAGACCAAGGCUGUUAUACAGGAUAUCUUUGAAUGUGGAUCAUCCUCAAAAGUUGAAGAAGUAUUAACAGAUGAGAGGUAUCGAACUUUGAAGAUUUUCACCAGUGUGUUUGGAGUUGGACCCAAGACAGCAGAGAAGUGGUAUCGCAGAGGCCUGCGUAGCCUGGAGCAGAUCGUCUCUGACUCCAGCAUUCACUUAAAUAAGAUGCAAAUAGCAGGAUUCCAGUAUUAUGAAGACAUCUCAAAGCCAGUAAGCAAAGCUGAAGCUGAGGCAGUGGGUCAUAUUAUAAAGGAGAUCGCCGGCUGUUUCAGUCCGGAUGUCACUAUGACUCUGACUGGAGGUUUCCGCAGGGGAAAAGAAUUUGGCCAUGAUGUGGAUUUUCUCCUUACUGUACCUAGACCUGGUAAAGAGGAUGGACUUCUACCUGCUGUGAUUAAUCAACUCAGGACACAGGGACUUCUCCUGUACUCAGACUUCCAGGAGUCAACCUUUGACCUUAGCAGUUUUCCAAAUCGUCGGUUUGAAGCCAUGGACCAUUUCCAGAAGUGCUUCCUGAUUGUGAAGUUGAAGAAGGACCAGGUGGUUGGUCAGCAGGCAGAGCAGAGAUGUGGGAGAGACUGGAAAGCAGUGCGUGUGGAUCUGGUGGCACCUCCAGCUGAGCGCUAUGCCUUUGCGCUGCUGGGCUGGAGUGGCUCCACGCAGUUUGAACGAGACCUAAGGAGAUUUUCCCGUCUGGAGCGAAACAUGCUAUUGGACAAUCAUGCCCUCUUUGACAAAACUACGAAUACCUUCCUGCAGGCUAAGACAGAGGAGGACAUCUUCACCCAUUUGGGAUUGGACUAUAUUGAGCCUUGGCAGAGGAAUGCUUAGCCCUCGUCCUAUUCAUCAAACGCGUGCGCAUUCCUGCAGCUAAUCUCCCCUCACAGCGCACCGCUAGACUGCACAGAUUCAAUGCCAUGAAUGAUUUAUUUCAUAUAAAAUCCAAAACUGUAAUACUUUGCCAUUAGGAAAGCUUUUUUUCCUCUUUAAUACUUGUUCUUCAAUUAAAUUAAAUGUAUUGCAGUAUGUUUCAUGUUAUAUCAACGCAUUACAUAUUUUUGCAUGAGUGUGCUAGAAGAGCUCAAAUGUACAAAUAUACAGUACGAUAUAUGAUGCAUAUCUCUGCUAUACAGGAACGAGGAUAAGAGAGAGUAAAGGAAAAUGAAUUGCUGUAAUUACCAGCCUAUACAUCAAACCAGAUGAGACCAGACUGUCUAGGACCUCAUGUGGUGAUAAUAAGCACAGGUGGAGUGUAACAGCAGUGUAAGUGAUAUUGGAUUCCACCUUUAGUGAGCAUCAGUUACUGAAUUCUAGGUUCCUCAUUACUGUAAAAAAUAAAAGUGCAGGAGAAACCGUAUACCCUCUUUUUAAUAAUCACAUACCUUUUACAAUGUUCUUUACAAGCAUGUAGAGAUUUAGUCAUACAAUAUUACUUAAUUGCUUUUCUAUUUUGCAUUACUGAUACUGAUCAGUACUUUCAUGUUGGUAAUACGAUAAUAUUGACUGCACCUAUGCUAUGUAUCUUACUGGUGCACCUUUGUCUAUUAGUAUGAAUGACUUGUGCUUAUUUUAUAGGAAGACGUUACAUACACUCAUGUGGAGCUGUUAUUACACAAUAAAAUUGU